AUGUAUAUUAAAUAUCGUUAUACAUUAUUAAAUACAAUAAAUACAACUUUUUACAAAAAAAAUAUAUUUUUUUUACUUAUUACUAUUGUUAUUUUUAUUUAUUUAUAUUUAUAUUUUUAUUUAUCACCUAAAGAUGUAGAAUAUGAAAUUAAUAAAUAUUUUUUUAAACCACAAAAUGAUGAACAGAUGUUAAAUAUUUAUUCAAACAUAAAAUUUAAAGAAUAUUUGAAAGUACAAAGAAAAAGUUAUUUUGAUAUAACAUAUAACAAAAAUAAUAUGAGAAAAAUUAAUGUUUUUUUGAUACCACAUUCUCAUGAUGAUCCAGGAUGGUUAAAAACAUUUGAAGAAUAUUAUAAUGAUGAAGUUUCAAAAAUAUUAUAUGGAAUGUUAGAAUAUUUAUCAGAAAAUAAUAAAAUGAAAUUUGUAUAUGUAGAAAUGUCUUUUUUUGAAUUAUUCUACUCAACACUUACUUUAAAAAAUAGAGAAAAAAUUAAAAAAUUAUUGAAUGAUGAAAAAUUAGAAAUUAUUACUGGUGGUUGGGUAAUGAGUGAUGAAGCAAAUAGUCAUUUUUUUUCUCAAAUUACUGAAUUAUUUGAAGGACAUGAAUUUCUUAGAAAUAAUUUACAAUAUAUACCAAAAAAUCAUUGGUCUAUAGAUCCAUUUGGUUUAUCACCUACAAUGACUUAUAUUAUAAAAGAAUCAGGUUUUAAACAUAUGGCAAUUCAAAGAGUACAUUAUAUGGUUAAACAAUAUUUUGCAGAAAAAAAAUUAUUUGAAUUUCAAUGGAGACAAUUAUGGAGUGGUGGUUAUAAAAAUGAUUCACAAAAAACUGAUAUUUUUACACAUAUUUUUCCAUAUGGUAGUUAUACAUCUAGUGAAACAUGUGGACCAGAUAAAAAUAUAUGUGAAAAAUUUGAUUUUAGUAAACCAUCAAAUAAUAUUCUUAAUAAUAAUAUUAUAUUACAAAAAAAUAUAAAAAUGAUUGUUGAUCAAUUUAGAAAAAAAUCAGUAUUAUUUCGUGGACCAAAUAUUUUUGUUCCACUUGGUACUGAUUUUUCAUAUUCAAAAAAAGAUGAAUGGAAAAAUGUUUAUGAUAAUUAUAAAAUAAUUAUUGAUAAUAUUAACAAUUCUUCAGAAUAUAACAUGCAUAUUCAAUUUGGUACAUUAAAUGAUUAUUUUAAAGCUAAUGAUAAAAGUCUUUUAAAUGAAAAUAUUCAUAUUCCUGUUAUAACGGGAGAUUUUUUUACAUAUGCUGAUAGAAAUGAAGAAUAUUGGAGUGGAUAUUAUACUUCAAGACCAUUUUAUAAACGUUUUGAUAGAAUUUUAAUGGAUUAUUUAAGAUCUGCUGAAAUUAUCUAUUCAAUUGUAUUAGGAAAAACAAAUUCUAAUGAAAUGAAUCAAUUUUUAAAAUUAGUUGAUUAUAAUAAAUUAGUAUAUGCCAGGAGAGCUUUAUCAUUAUUUCAACAUCAUGAUGGUGUUACAGGAACUUCAAAAAAUAAAGUUGUUCUUGAUUAUGGAAAAAAAUUAUUUAAAGCAAUGCAAAAUUGUUAUUCAAUUAUUGAAAAAAGUAUUGAAUAUGAUAUGACAAAACAAUUAUUUGAUAAAUCAAAAAUAUCAAUAUUAAAUAAAAUUAAUGAUUCUACAAAAAUUCCAAAAGUUAAAAGUAUUAAUAUUAAUUCAGAUAUUCUUAUUUUUAAUCCUCAUUCAAAAAAUCUUGACAAUGAAAUAUUAUGUACAAAAAUUGAAAGUAAAAAAAUAUUUAUUAUUAAAAAUAUUGAUAUAAACAAUCAAGAAAUACAUCCAAUUAUUGAAAAAGAAAAUAACAAAUUAGUAAUAAGUAAUAUUUCAUAUUUACUUUGUUACAUUGUAUCAUUAAAACCUUUUGAAAUAGAAAUUUUAAAGUUAAUACCUUCUGAUAAUGUUAACAUAAAACCAAAAAUAUCAAAAAUUUUUACUUCACAAAGAAAUAUUACAACUAAUAAAUUAUUUAAUAAUUAUGAUAAAAUAAUAGAUGAUAAUAAUUAUUUUAUAGUUAGUGAAUUACAUGGUUUAAAAAUUGAUAAAAAAACAGGAUAUGUUACAUCAAUUAACAAUUCACCUGUAUCAAUACAUUUUGAAUAUUAUAAUGAAACAUCUUAUAAUCCACAUUCUGGUGCAUACCUUUUUACACCUGAAGGUUCAUCUAAAAUUUUAAACAAUUCAAAAAAUUAUUAUAUAAUAUCAAAAGGAAAUAUAAGACAAGAAGUUGUUGUUAUUGGACCAAACGAAGGUAAAAUAAUUCAUACAAUUGAAUCAAAAAUAUCAUUUCCACAUUAUAUUGACAUUAAUAAUGUUAUUGAUCUAAAUAAUGAAAAAGAAAUUGAAAUUGUUAUGAAAAUAAAAACAAAUAAUGGAAAAAAUGAUGAAAUUAUAAAAAAUAAAAAUGUAUUUUUUACUGAUUUAAAUGGAUAUCAAAUAAUAAAAAGAAAAAGAUUAGAUAAAUUACCAAUACAGGGAAAUUUUUAUCCAAUGCCAUCAAUAAUUUAUAUUGAAGAUACAAAUAAACGAUUAACUGUAUUAGGAAAUCAAGCAUUAGGAUGUAGUAGUCAAGAAGAAGGUAGUGUAGAAAUAAUUUUAGAUAGAAAACAUUUAUAUGAUGAUAAUAGAGGUCUUGGUCAUGGAAUUUUAGAUAAUAUUCCUACAAAAAGUAAAUUUAGAAUUUUAAUUGAAAAAAAAUAUAUUUCAACAGAAUUUAAUGAUGAUCAAAUAGUUACUGGAUAUUUAUCAAUAAAUGCUUUUCUUGCAAAUCAAAAAUUACAAUAUAAUUUAAUUCAAAUGGAAAUUGAUAAAAGUAUUAAUAAUAUGAAUUAUAAAUUAUCAAUUAUAAAAAAUGAAUUUCCAAGUAAUAUACAUAUAGUAACAUUAAGAACUUUAACAGCACCAGAAAAUUAUGAAAAAGGAGGUGUACCUGAUUGUGAAUAUAAUAGAAUUAGAAGAAAACCAUUAAAAAAUGCUGCAUUAAUAUUACAAAAUAUUGCUUAUGAUAAUAAAAUUGGUAAAAAUACAUCACCUAAAUUAAAAAUAAAAAAUGGUAAAAUAUAUAUAAAUGAUUAUUUUAAAGAAAAUUUUAUUAAUUUAUAUGAAGAAACAUCUUUAACAUUAUUAUAUAAUUCAAAUAAUUUUACAAGUAACGGAUAUAUAAAUAUAAAUCCAAUGGAACUAAAAACAUUAAAAACCACUUUUUCAGAAGUAUGA